AUGAGAGAGGACUGGAAGGGCCAGCUGAAGACUGGUCUAAUGGUCAGAGAGGGCUUAGAAAAGCCAGGUGGGGACCAGCCAGGAGCCAGUGAAGGCCAGAAGGCUGGUGGGCUGAUAACCAGAGGCCAAAACAGUGUAGGCUGGCAGGCUAACACUGAGACUGGGGUAACCAGGGUAGCAAGGUGUGAACCCAAGGUUGGGAGUGGAAAGGCUGAGUGCCAAGCACCAUGGAAAGGGCCAGACAAGCUUCUAGCAAGGGAUUGGGGACUGUCUAGGACAGCUAGAGUUUGGUUUGGACAAGGAUUGGAGGACUUGACACAGCUAGGCAUGAACUGGGGACUGGCAGGUCAUGAGACCAGUGCAAUGAAGCCUAUGAGUGUCAGCCAAAGGGAUGGGUUGUCCAGUGGCAAGAAGCCCAAGGGCCAAGAGUCACUGGAGGACUGGUUCAGGGAGUCUGGGGACCAGAUGGGGCCUAGGGACCAGAGUACCAAUACUAAUGGCAAGGGCUGGGAGCAACCCAGGGGUGGGUGGUUCAGGAGUGUUUCAGUAUGCAAGGACCAGGCCAAGGAAACUGGGGACUGGUGUGCAGGGACUGAGUGGGGUUGUGCUGAGGGUACUGGAGAGGUAAUGGACAGGGGUUUGGGAAAGAGUAGGAUGCUAGGGUACAAGGUGUGGGCCAGGACCAUCAAGAGGAGUACCAGGUGGGUAGUAGGAGUACUACCACCAGAGUUGUGUCAAGACCAGUUUCAGGAAGUUUUUUCAAGGCCAGGAAAAGCUUUAAAACUGGAAAUACAAGACUGGCAGAGCAGGCCAGACUGGUACAGGGAUAGUACUUCGGUUCCUAAUGGGUUGACAAGGCCAGUUAAACAGGGGGUUGGAGACCGAGAGAGAACCAAGGCUGGGUCCACCAAGGACCAGAAAGAGAUGCUAGGUCAAGGCCAUAGCACCAGGGUAGAGGACAGGGAGACUGAAGGAGGCUGGAGAUGGGAGGCUGGCCAAAAGAAGGAAGUCCAGAGUGAGCAAGACUGGUCAGGGGCUAUGAGGGAGUCUGGAAAUGACAGGCCAGACAAGGGAGGAAAGACUGGAAGUGGAGAGUCUGGAGGUGACAUGCCAGAGGUGACAGGCCAGACAAAGGCUGACAAGGCCUAG